AUGCCUAGCUCAUGUAAAGAACUACGUGCUGCCCUCGCAGCUUGUCUGCAGGAGUCCGACUGCAUCAUGGUCCAGCGCAACUCGGCUCACGAUUGUCUCCGCGAACCUCUCGUCGAAACACUCCCACUACAAUGUAAACAGCUUAAGAAAGGCCUCGGGGAGUGCAAGCGUGGGAUGGUCGAUAUGCGAAAGCGAUUCCGCGGCAACAUGCCAGUUGCCUACAAAUCACUCGAAACUGCUGAGAGCGGGAAAGGAUAUCAAUUGUAUGCGGGCAAGCCAGCUUUUGCCGGUAGUGUGAAGGAGACAAGUGGAAACGAACCGAUACCCAGGGACUGGAGAGAAAUCGAGAACGAGCAAUAUCGAUUGCAGCAGCAGCAGCAGCAACAACAGCAACAAGAGAAGUCGAAAUAA